GCUUAUAAUACUCGGCCAAUUUAGCUCUUUUGCAGGAAAAAUCAAAGAAUAAAAUAGAGGAAGCUGCUAACCAUGGUUCUCUCUGUUGUUCAAUCCGCUGAAGAGAGUUCCUCUGCCUUCAUUGAUUCAGUUUUCGCUUCCAGAUAUGUUCAAGAUCCAUUGCCAAGAUAUAAUCUGUCGGAGAAAUCGAUCCCAAAAGAAGCAGCCUAUCAGAUAAUCCACGAUGAGCUGUUGUUAGAUGGUAAUCCGAGGCUGAAUUUGGCCUCAUUUGUGACUACGUGGAUGGAGCCUGAAUGCGACAAGCUAAUGGUGGAGGCCAUUAACAAAAACUACGUGGACAUGGAUGAGUACCCAGUCACCACUGAGUUUCAGAAUCGGUGUGUAAACAUUAUAGCAAACCUUUUCAAUGCCCCGGUGGACGAGACCAGAAGGGCGAUCGGAGUUGGAACGGUAGGGUCUUCAGAAGCAAUAAUGCUAGCCGGAUUAGCUUUCAAAAGGAGGUGGCAGAACAAAAGAAAGGCCCAGGGAAAGCCUUACGACAAGCCCAACAUUGUCACCGGUGCCAAUGUUCAGGUUUGCUGGGAGAAAUUUGCGAGGUAUUUCGAGGUAGAGCUGAAGGAGGUGAAGCUGAGGGAAGGUUACUAUGUGAUGGACCCGGUGAAAGCAGUAGAGAUGGUGGAUGAGAACACCAUCUGUGUUGGAGCCAUCCUUGGUUCUACGCUCAAUGGAGAAUUUGAGGACAUCAAGCUCUUGAAUGACCUUCUUGCCAAGAAGAACAAGAUGACCGGGUGGGAUACACCAAUUCAUGUAGAUGCAGCGAGUGGCGGAUUUGUAGCACCUUUUCUCUACCCAGAGUUAGAGUGGGAUUUUCGCUUGCCGCUGGUGAAAAGCAUCAAUGUCAGCGGCCACAAGUAUGGCCUUGUUUACGCUGGAAUUGGUUGGGUCAUUUGGAGGAGCAAGGAAGACUUACCUGAAGAACUCAUCUUCCACAUUAACUACCUUGGAGCUGAUCAGCCCACUUUCACUUUAAAUUUCUCUAAAGGAUCAAGUCAGAUUAUUGCACAGUAUUAUCAGUUCUUGCGCAUGGGAUUCGAGGGAUACAAGAACGUGAUGACAAACUGCAUGGAGAAUGCCAGGGUGCUACGAGAAGGAUUAGAAAGAACCGGGCGAUUCGAGAUCGUAUCGAAGACGCAAGGGAUACCUCUGGUAGCUUUUGCAUUCAAGGACAAGAAUAAGAGCUUGGCCUUCAAACUGUCCAAGGCUCUGAGGAACUAUGGUUGGAUUGUCCCUGCUUACACAAUGCCACCCAAUGCCGAGCAUGUGACCAUCCUUCGGGUUGUUGUCAGGGAGGACCUCAGCAGACAGCUUGUUGAGAAGUUGCUCUCCCAUAUAGAGAGUGCACUGAGUGAGCUCGAAGACGAACCUGCUGUUCCAAAGAUUACAUUUACAUAUGAGAUGAAACCGAGAAGGUUUGUGGGGGAUGGUGGUGAAGGAGAUCUGCACAUACCAGAGACCUCUGUGAAUUGGAAGAGAGAAAAACCUAAAGUUAUUUAUAAGGAUGUGCCAGUUACAGGUGGUAAGACUAAGGGGGUCUGUUGAACCUGAAUGCUGAAUGGUUGUUGCUUGAAUAUUUGUUUGUACAAAUGAAAAUGCCGUGUAUCAAAUAAAACUAGUAUUUGAGAAAGUGAGGAUUGAAUAGAAUGUAUAGACAGUAUAGUUAUUUCAAUAAUUUAUAAGUAGUUACAGCCUUACAGGCAUGGAAUGGUUCACUUCA